AUGAAUGAUAGUGUUAUUGUUGCUGGAAGUGGCAAACCGGGAUAUUUAUUAAAGGAUCUCAAUCACCCCCGUGGUUUCUAUAUUGAUGGUAGAGAUCAAAGUAUUUUUAUUGCUGAUAUGAACAAUCAUCGUAUUGUCAAAUGGAAAGUUAAUGCAAUGGAGGGUGAACUUGUUGCAGGUGGUCAUGGUAGUGGCGAUGACAUGGAUCAGUUGUAUCAUCCAACAGAUGUCAUUCUUGAUAAAAACAAAAACUUUCUCAUCAUUUGUGAUUCAUCUAACGCUCGAGUGGUACGCUGGUCUCUAUAUAAUGAUAAAAAUCAAGAAGUAAUGAUUUCUAAUGUUAACUGCUACGGUCUAGCGAUGGAUAAUAAUGGAGAUCUUUAUGUUUCUGAUGAAGAAAAGCAUGAAGUAAAACGAUGGAAACAAGGAGAGAUAAAUGGUAUAAUUGUAGCAGGUGGAAAUGGACGAGGUAAUAAGGUUAAUCAACUCAAUUCUCCUUAUCAUAUUUUCGUUGAUAACGAUUAUUCAGUUUAUAUAGCAGACUUUAAUAAUAAUCGUGUAAUGAAAUGGAUAAAAGAUGCAACCGAAGGAAUUGUUAUUGCUGGUGGAGGAGAUCAAACGAAUAAGCCUUAUCCAUUAUUUCGUCCUUGGGGAGUGAUUGUUGAUCAUGUGGGUAAUAUCUAUGUAUCAGAUAGCGAAUACAACAGAGUAGUACGUUGGUUACCAGAUGCAAUAGUAGAUUGUAUUGUUGUUGGUGGAAAUGGAUUUGGAAGUGGAAUCCAUCAGAUGACAGUUCCUACUGACCUAUCAUUUGAUCGCCAAGGUAAUCUUUAUGUUGCUGAUACAAACAAUCAUCGAUUACAAAGAUUUGACAUUAAUAUUAAAUAA